AUGAGGGUUACUAAAUAUUCGCUCGAUGAAGUUUGUGGCUGCAAACAUGUCAAUGUUCUGAUCCGACAACUGCGUAACUUCAACAAUUUCAUCAUCAAACAAGCCGUUACUUUCAAGACCGGUUUGAAUUUAUGCUGUAAGACUUCUGACGUACUUGCGAGCAAGUCUUCAGUAGACAACUCCUUCUUUCUUGUAAUCGGUACCAUAACGCAAUUUAAGGACGAAGUUUGUUCCAUAUUGUUUAGCGUCUUUGUCCAUUUCUUUUUCUUUUCUUUGCUUCCGUUUUCACUUUUAUCUUUGAUUUAUUCUUCUAUUCUUUCUUUGUUUCUUUUUUUUCUUUUUCUUUGCUUUUCUUCUUUGUCUCUUUUCUUUUCUUUCUUUUCCUUUAGUUUCUUCUUUCUUUGUCUUUUUUCUUUUUCUUUCUUUUUCUUUUAUUUUCUUUUUUGUUUCUCUUUCAUUGUGCGAUUCAUUUUUUUCUUUAUUUUCUUUCUUUGCAUUUUUCAUUUUUACAUUUUUAUUUUUUUCUUUGUUCGUUUUCAUUUUUUCCUUCUUUUCUUUUUUAUUAGUUUAGCGUCUUUGUCCAAUUCUUUUUUCUUUUCUUUGCUUCCGUUUUCACUUUUAUCUUUGAUUUAUUCUUCUAUUCUUUCUUUGUUUCUUUUUUUUCUUUUUCUUUGCUUUUCUUCUUUGUCUCUUUUCUUUUCUUUCUUUUCCUUUAGUUUCUUCUUUCUUUGUCUUUUUUCUUUUUCUUUCUAUUUCUUUUAUUUUCUUUUUUGUUUCUCUUUCAUUGUGCGAUUCAUUUUUUUCUUUAUUUUCUUUCUUUGCAUUUUUCAUUUUUUACAUUUUUAUUUUUUUCUUUCGUCUUUGUCCAAUUCUUUUUUUUUUUCUUUGCUUCCGUUUUCACUUUUAUCUUUGAUUUAUUCUUCUAUUCUUUCUUUGUUUUUUUUUUCUUUUUCUUUGCUUUUCUUCUUUUGUCUCUUUUCUUUUCUUUCUUUUCCUUUAGUUUCUUCUUUCUUUGUCUUUUUCUUUUUUUUUCUUUCUUUUAUUUUCUUUUUGUUUCUCUUUCAUUGUGCGAUUCAUUUUUUUCUUUAUUUUCUUUCUUUGCAUUUUUCCUUUUUACAUUUUAUUUUUUUUUUUUGUUCGUUUUCAUUUUUUCCUUCUUUUCUUUUUCUUAGUUUAGCGUCUUUGUCCAAUUCUUUUUUCUUUUCUUUGCUUCCGUUUUCACUUUUAUCUUUGAUUUAUUCUUCUAUUCUUUCUUUGUUUUUUUUUUUUUUUUCUUUUGCUUUUCUUCUUUGUCUCUUUUCUUUCUUUUCUUUUCCUUUAGUUUCUUCUUUCUUUGUCUUUUUUCUUUUUCUUUCUAUUUCUUUUAUUUUCUUUUUUGUUUCUCUUUCAUUGUGCGAUUCAUUUUUUUCUUUAUUUUCUUUCUUUGCAUUUUUCAUUUUUACAUUUUUAUUUUUUUCUUUGUUCGUUUUCAUUUUUUCCUUCUUUUCUUUUUUCUUAGUUUAG